AUGUCGAGCUUAGCUGCUUCGUUGGUCAAUGGGGUUGGUCUUAGACCGGAAAGGGCGCUUCUUUACAACCCCAUUUCGUUUCCUUCCUCGAGAAGGAAAACUCAUGGUGUUGUUAAGGCCUCAGCUCGAGUUGAUAAGUUCUCGAAAAGCGACAUCAUUGUCUCUCCAUCAAUUCUAUCUGCUAAUUUCUCCAAAUUGGGCGAGCAGGUAAAGGCGGUGGAGUUAGCAGGUUGUGAUUGGAUUCAUGUUGAUGUAAUGGACGGCCGUUUUGUUCCCAACAUCACAAUCGGACCGCUCGUUGUUGACGCUCUGCGACCUGUGACAGAUCUUCCAUUGGAUGUUCAUCUUAUGAUAGUAGAGCCUGAACAGAGAGUGCCAGAUUUCAUCAAAGCAGGCGCAGAUAUAGUUAGUGUGCAUUGUGAGCAAUCCUCGACCAUCCAUUUGCAUCGCACAGUCGAUCAAAUUAAAAGCUUGGGAGCUAAAGCUGGAGUUGUCCUUAAUCCUGGCACCCCACUGAGUGCAAUUGAAUAUGUAUUAGACUCGGUUGAUCUGAUCUUGAUAAUGUCGGUGAACCCUGGAUUUGGUGGACAGAGCUUUAUUGAAAGCCAAGUUAAGAAAAUCUCAGACUUGAGGAAAAUGUGCAUAGAGAAGGGAGUAAACCCAUGGAUUGAAGUCGACGGUGGAGUCACUCCAAAGAAUGCUUACAAGGUUAUUGAGGCUGGAGCAAAUGCGUUAGUGGCUGGAUCAGCUGUAUUUGGAGCCAAAGACUACGCCGAAGCUAUAAAAGGAAUCAAAUCUAGCAAGAGACCAGAAGCAGUGGCUGUGUGA